GGGCGGGUUGUACUUCCGGUGUCUCCCGGGUCGGGGUAGGCCUCGCGCUCGCUAUGAGCUUCUUGAAGCGCAUCCCGGAGCCGAGCGAGGGGAUCCGGCUAAGGCAGCCCGGCACGGAGGCCGUGCUCGCGGGACGCGGCCUGGGCACCGGCAGUCUGUACAUCGCGGAGAGUCGUCUGUCAUGGAUAGCAGAUUCAGGUCUUGGGUUCUCCUUGGACUAUCCCAUCAUAAGCUUACAUGCCAUCUCCAGGGACUUGAAUAGCUACCCGUGGGAACAUUUGUAUGUCAUGGUGAAUGCAAAGUUUGAAGUAGAAGAAUCCAGAGAAAGCCCCAUCCCGGAGGAGGAAGAGGAGGAUAGCGACGACGAGCUUGAACCCAUCUCCGAAUUCCGUUUUGUACCCAGUGACAAAUCAGCAUUGGAAGCCAUGUUCACUGCCAUGUGCGAAUGCCAGGCCCUGCACCCUGACCCAGAGGACGAAGACUCCGAUGGCAAUUACGAUGGUGAGGAAUAUGACGUCGAGGCUCAUGAAAUCGGCCAAGGUGACAUUCCGUCCUUCUACACCUACGAAGAAGGCCUGUCACAUUUAACAACGGAGGGUCAGGCCACCUUGGAGAGGCUGGAGGGCAUGCUGGCCCAGUCCAUAAGCACUCAGUACCACAUGGCUGGGGUCCGAACAGAAGAGACUCUGAGGGACUUCGAAGAUGGCAUGGAAGUCGACGCGGCCCCAGUAGUUACGGGACAGUUCGAAGAUGCUGAUGUUGAACAUUAAAGCAAGAUUCUCUUGGCGUCUUCAAAACAGGAUUCCCCAAGAUUGGCAAGGUUACAAGAAUGAACACAGUUCCUCUAUUUGACCCAAACGUGAAGAUUGUAAAUGGUUUUGUAGCCGUGCUUAUAAAACAUGAGUUGACUUUUUUUUUCCUACAUAGAGAUGCAACACACACACAC